AUGUCGAACCCAUCCGAUAGUCCAUGGACCGAGGAGGAGAAGAACACUCUACUCAGCGAAAUCCUCAAGAAAGCGGGCAUUCCGUCCAGUUAUCUCCUCCGCAUGAUCAAUGACUUCCGUAUCAGUCCUAACUGGGAGCAUAUUCCCUUGCCUCAAGGCCGCUCACUCAGUCAAUGUCGAUUGGCCUUUGAAAACAUGCAAUUACAAUUGAAAUCGCAAUCGCAAUCGCAACCCCAAUCACAAGCGCCAUCACAAUCGCAAUCACCAUUCCAGCCCCAAUCACAUAAACAACCUCAUCCCCAAAAUCCCCAACAACACCAGCCUCAAUAUCAGCACCCACACCCAAUACAACCACCACCUGCUCCAACUGCAGUCUCAAUAGCUCGCCCCGAAGCACCAGGAACCCCAUCAAACAUAGAUCCCAAUACCCGCAAACGACCCCUCUACCCAGCCGAAGUAAAACCCCUCUACCCAGCAAUCAAACCUCGUCCGCCCGCCAGCACAGCCUCAUACAGCAGCGAAAGCUCCGCCCAACUAUCCCCCCGCCUCGACACAACAUCCACAGGCGAACCACCCCGCAAACGCGGCCGACCCAGCAAAGCCGAAACAGAACGCCGCAAAGCCGCCGCCGAAGCCCGAGGCGAAACCUACCCACCACCCCGUCGCGCAAACCCCAAUCGUAUCAAAAUCCCGCCCUCACCAACAAGUCCAGCCGGGCCAUCUCUCACGCCAUACCCAUCAGCUUCAACCACAGCUACAGCAACAGGAACAGGGCACCAACCCAUCCACGGACCUAAUUCAGGGAUGAUUCCCUACGAUGUGACGGGUAGUCGACCACUCGCACCAGCACCAACUCUACAUACUACCAGCGGCAAUGUCAAUGUCAAUGUCAACGCUAGUUCCAGUUCCAGCGAGCGCCGCGACGUCCCAUCUCGCAGUAUGGGCUCGAAUAUGCGCGAACUACCCCGACCAACAGAAAUGGGUCAUGGUCAUGGUCACCCGUUGCCCUCGCCACAUGCUUUGCAAUUAGGAACGCUGCAAUUAGGUCCGCCGGAUCCUUUUCCAAGGUUGAAUAGUAAUCCCGGUGAGCGUAGCGCGUACGGCGCUAUCCCGCCGGAUCGCUUUUCGCCGCCGGAUAGUGGACGCAGGGACUCAGUUGCUAGUCGUGGUGAGCGGGAGAGGGAGCGGGAGCGUGAACGGGAACCGCCGUUGGGGUCUUAUGCUGAGGCGAGGAGGUCGAGUACGACGCCUGGUGAAAAGUCGUUGAGGUAA